UCUGGAAUAUAAUCAAAUUUCAUAACAUCACUAUAACCAACAUUCGCUCUAUCAACUCAACGGAAACAUUCGCUUAAAUCCUCUUACAUUCUUAGACCAUAGCACAGUUCUAUGUUCCACCAAUAUCAUAAUGCCAUCCUUCGCUGAAAUUCUCACGAGAUCAUCUCGAGCGUCGAGAAGAGACCGUCUCUCUCUUAUCCGUCCUGGCUGGGAACUGCAUGAACUCUAUUCUGACGAUCUAAAAUUGCAGGAUGGUAUCAGUAACCUCAGCUUGAACGCGAUGCUCACCUCCGAAGCGAAAAAUGGAAUGAAAGAAAAAUUCACCAUCUCCAGCUCUUAUAAUCUAGACUUGGGGUACUCUGAUGAAAAUGGUAGCAAGUUUUAUGGUUCCCGCCAUAAUUCCGAACAGGAAGGGCAGUCUGAAAGUAAUCACUCAAUUUGUACAAUCAAGGGUCGCUGUCCAAAAUUAUCAGCCCAGAUUGAUCACGAUAGUGGUCGGCAAGGGUAUUUACAGUCAAGACGCGGCGAUCUCUCAGGAAUAGAAGAAGUAGAGGAAGAGGAGGUGUCGUGUACUUUGGAGGAGAAUCCUGCCGAAGCUUUUACGGCAUUGUUCGACAUUGAUAUGGAAAAUCGUCGUUACAAGCUUCAACAAAGUACUUCGAAUGUUACACUAGAGGACGACAACUCGGACGAGAGACUUGAGCCCCUCGAUUCGCGCUGUGCUCUCCUAGCACCUUCCGGUACUCGAUGGUCAGCCGCAAGUCUAGCUGAAGAUAAUAAGCAAUUUUCGGCGUCUGAUUUAACCAAAAGAUUGGCCACGUUGAAGAAACAGCAAGGUAGCAAGAAAGGACUGCGGGGGAGAUUGAUGAUAAAGGUGAAUUGCAGACGUAGAGACCGGCGAUUGCUUAGCAGGUCAAAAACGGGUAGUGGCAGAUCUGCAGGGAAACAUAUGGAACUGAGAACAGAGGCAGAAAUACAGAUAUGACAGCAGAUCACUCGCCCGUUUUGUGUGUAACGGUUUCAGGAUGAUGUAUAUAUUAGUCCUUUCAGCGAUAAUCAAAGAAAUGACAGCGAUUUAUGACAGCGAUUUAUAAACUACCGACUU